AAAUUAGAAACUGAGUUAUCUGCAAACUAUCAAAUACUUCAUCAACAACCAAAUCAAGAAGUUCAUCAUCCAUCCAGUAUUAUUUAUUGCAGAGAUGUCUCUGAUUCCAAGCUUCUUUGGCAACGGCCGCCGUAGCAACGUUUUCGAUCCAUUUUCAUUGGAUGUUUGGGACCCAUUUGAGGGCUUCCCAUUCUCCUCCGCCAGAGAAACAACCGCGGCGGCAAACGCUCGGAUCGACUGGAAAGAGACGCCGGAGGCCCACUUGUUUAAAGUGGAUGUACCUGGAUUGAAGAAAGAGGAAGUGAAGGUUGAGGUUGAGGAUGGCAGUAUUCUUCAGAUCAGUGGAGAGAGAAGCAAGGAGAAAGAGGAGAAGAAUGACAAGUGGCAUCGUGUCGAGAGGAGCUCCGGCAAAUUCAUCCGCCGAUUCAGGCUGCCGGAGAAUGCAAAAUUGGAGGAGGUGAAGGUGGCUAUGGAGAACGGGGUGCUUACUGUGACUGUGCCCAAAGAGGAGGUGAAGAAACCUGAGGCCAAAGCCAUUGACAUAUCUGGUUAAGUUUGAAUUUUGGUUUGUUGGUUGUAAUGAAUAAUCAAUGGCAAUGGCGUAUAUUUGGAAGUGUAUUUCUUUUUGAUUUUGUGGCAAGUGAAAUAUCACUAUGUAGUAUGUACAAUAGAAAUUCCGGAAUAAAGCCUAACUGAUAAAUAAUACAUGUUGCU